CUCCAGUUAUGGGAUACAGGUGGAAUGGAGAGGGUUGCAUCCAUUACUAGCAGCUAUUACAAAUUUGCUGAAGCUGCCAUUCUAGUCUUCAGCUUCGAUAGCCCAGACUCUUUUAAUAUUUUAUCACAGCAUCUACUGGAUAUCGUAACGUAUGCAGAAAGUGCCAAAAUCUUCCUGUGCGGAAACAAGACAGACCUGCUCAAUCAGAACUCCGAAGACUCGAUCACUGAUGCAGAUAUUGAAAAUUUCUGCGAGCAGUGCCACAAUCUAGUGAGUGGAAUCUACAAAACCUCAUGCAAGACGGGGGCCGGAGUAGAAGAAAUGUUCACAGACAUUGCCAAACAGCUCAUUGGCACUUGCCGCGUCAAAGACAUUGAACUUGAAGUUAAAGACUCAUUUAAAGUGAGUGCUCUAGAUGAACCAAAUCAGUCCUGUUCCUGCUGA